GUGAAAUGAAGACAAAAGGUCUUCUAAAAAAACACGCAACAGCUUCUUUUUUCACUUUCCCUCUUAUAUUCAAUAAUUCAACAACAGACCCAAACACAUCACAUUCUAGAUUUCUAUCUAACUCAUGGAGUACUCUCUCCUUCCUCUAACUCCCAAACUUCCAUCAUCAUCCUUUCACUUCAACACCCUCAGACCCAUUUCCACUUCUUGUUCUCAAUCUAAUAGUAAUAAUACAACAUCAACAAAUUCAUAUAAUUCCCAAAGAAACCCUACUUGGGUUUCAUUCCCUUUUACUCAAACCAUCAAACACUUGACAGCUUUGAAUACUCAUAACAAAGUUUCCAAUGAAAAUUGUUGUUACUUGCAAAACGGAGGUUUGGGAAUUGCUUUAUUAAGCGUAACUGCGAAUGCAAAGGUCAAGAUUAGUCCUUUUGUGGCUACAUUGGCUUCAAACCCAACUUUUGUUUCUGGGUUGUUUGCUUGGUUUUUGGCGCAAUCCAUCAAAUUUUUCUUGAAUUUCUUUGUAGAAAGAAAGUGGGAUUUGAGUUUGUUCUGUGCUUCUGGAGGGAUGCCUUCUUCUCAUUCUGCUCUCUGUACUGCUCUUACUACUUCAGUUGCUAUCUGUCAUGGUGUUGCUGAUUCUCUUUUUCCGGUUUCUUUAGGGUUUAGUCUUAUUGUCAUGUAUGAUGCUAUUGGCGUUAGAAGACAUGCUGGUAUGCAAGCUCAGGUGCUUAACAUGAUUCUGGCUGACAUGUUUCAAGGGCAUCCAAUUAGUGAAAGAAAGCUAAAGGAGCUUCUUGGUCACACCCCAUCUCAAGUGUUUGCUGGUGCCCUGCUUGGAUUUUUAGUAGCCUGUUUCUGCUGCCAAGGUUGUGUUGUGGUGGGUUAGGACUUAGGAUUAUUGAUUGAUAGGGGAUACUAUUUGCUCUGGUAAUAUAAUGCAACCUUCUGGUAUAUGAAACGUACCGCAUAGUUAGUGCACUGUAUUCAUCAUUCAAGGACAAAUGCAUGCUUCACAGCAUGAGUAUAAUGUAAAUGGAGAUUUUUUUUCCUCCGGUGUCUUACCUUGAAAAGGAUAGAUUUUUUUUCCUC